AUGAUGUUCCCCAAGACAAUCCUCACUGUUCUUACCAUUGGCCUUGCUGCCUUCGGUGCCGCCUCUCCCCUGGACAAGCGGGCUACCACUGUUUCCAGUGAUACCGGCUCUGUCUCAAUCGCCGGUGCCGUUACAGCUGGCGGAGUCUCCUUCCCAGACGACAUCGGAGGAAGCGCCGAUGCUGUCGGUGCAGUUGCAGAGGUCGUCCAGAAGGUCGUAAGACUCAUUCAGGGCCUUGUGGAUGGCGACAUCAAGCGUCGUCAACGAUUCACCCAGGAGACCGUCACCGCCGUCUACAAGAAGUUCCCAACAAAGACCGUUGUUAUGAGCAACGUCGGAUACAGCCUCUCCUGCCAGCCAACCGUGGUUCAACGCACCAGCUACAAGGCUAAGGUCGGCUCCAACGUCAGCUACGAUGUCUUGGUCUUCGGCAAGGGCUGCACUUUCACCCUCAAGGGUGACGGUGGAUUUGAGAACUGGGCCUACAUUCGCCAGAGCAGCUGCAGGGCUAAUGGCAAGACUAUCACCUGUUAA